ACACUAACAACGGCUUGGACUUUAGUCACUGCUCUCGUUUAGGAUACUAUCAGGAAAUAGUAAAAUCAAAUUGAUUUCAGAGAUCUAAUCUCUCUAUCUGCUUUCCAUCCUCUCGGUUCUUUGUCUGUCAACGCGUUUCUCUUUUAGAACACAGCAUCUUUUGUUUACCCCAGAUCUGGCCGUGCAUAUCUGGGACUCUGCUAGUUUCCUUUUUCAAUCCAACUCAGUUGAUCAGUCACUCUUUCGCUCUUUCCAUCUAAUAAAUCCCAAGUGAAUUUAUAUUGCCUUAUUUCCACUGGUUAGAUCCUUGAAGUUUGAGUUUAUCAAAAGAACAGGCAUCUUUUGGAUGGUGAGAUUGGCAUAAAAUCAUUGUAGAGGGAUGAGACCUGCAUUAUGAUCUUGUAGUGCUUAAUUUGGAAAAUCUCUUUGAACUUUUCACAACUAGGCAUAAGAUGAGGGGAAGAUCUGAUGUGAACCAGAAGAAGAGGUUAAUUACUUCUGUCUGUGUAGUGGCAAUCUUUCUUGGAUUCAUAUAUUUUUAUUAUGGAUCCUUUUUUGGUUCCCAAAGCCAUGGUUCCGCAGCUUUAGAGUAUGGCAGCAAGUCCCUGAGAAAACUUGGUUUGGGUGGGGAUGAUGACUCUGAUGGAAAACAAGAUGAUUCUACCAAAUUUGGGCAGGAAGAGGGAGAGGAAUAUACUGUACCAAAGAGCUUUCCUGUUUGUGACAAUCGACAUUCAGAACUCAUUCCCUGUUUAGACAGAAAUCUUAUAUAUCAAAUGAGACUGAAGCUGGACCUCUCUUUGAUGGAGCACUAUGAACGGCAUUGCCCUCUUCCAGAAAGGCGAUACAAUUGCUUGAUUCCUCCUCCACCAGGGUACAAGAUACCGAUUAAGUGGCCAAAAAGUAGAGAUGAAGUAUGGAAAGCAAACAUCCCUCAUACUCAUCUUGCACAUGAGAAAUCUGAUCAGAACUGGAUGGUUGUGAAAGGUGACAAGAUAAACUUUCCAGGGGGAGGCACACAUUUUCACUAUGGAGCUGAUAAAUAUAUUGCUUCAAUCGCAAAUAUGCUGAACUUUUCAAAAAAUAAUUUAAACAAUGAAGGAAGGGUAAGAACAGUUCUGGAUGUUGGCUGUGGUGUUGCUAGCUUUGGUGCUUAUCUACUGUCAUCUGAUAUCAUCACAAUGUCCUUGGCACCCAAUGAUGUGCAUCAAAACCAAAUCCAGUUUGCCCUAGAAAGAGGAAUUCCUGCAUAUCUUGGUGUUCUAGGGACCAAGAGGCUCCCUUACCCAAGCAGAUCUUUUGAGCUUGCCCACUGUUCACGUUGUAGAAUAGAUUGGCUUCAAAGAGAUGGUAUUCUUCUGCUUGAGCUUGAUCGUUUGCUUAGACCAGGUGGCUAUUUUGCCUACUCCUCUCCUGAAGCCUAUGCACAGGAUGAUGAAGAUCUCAGGAUUUGGAGAGAAAUGAGUGCACUUGUGGGACGGAUGUGUUGGAAAAUAGCUGCUAAGAGGAACCAGACUGUCAUUUGGCAAAAACCCUUAACAAAUGACUGUUUUAUGGAAAGAGAACCUGGCACACAACCUCCUCUCUGUCGAUCUGAUGAUGAUCCAGAUGCAGUGUGGAGUGUGAAAAUGGAAGCUUGCAUUACACCUUACUCUGAUCAUGACCAUAGAGUUAAGGGCAGUGGUUUGGCUCCUUGGCCAGCUAGAUUGACUACUCCUCCUCCUAGACUUGCUGAUUUUGGCUAUUCCAGUGAAAUGUUUGAGAAGGACACGGAACUUUGGAGACAUAGAGUGGAGAAUUAUUGGAACCUGUUGAGUCCAAAGAUUCAAUCAGACACCCUUAGGAACUUGAUGGACAUGAAAGCACACUUGGGAUCAUUUGCAGCUGCCCUUAAAGAAAAGGAUGUCUGGGUGAUGAAUGUUGUGCCGGAAGAUGGACCAAACACAAUGAAACUGAUAUACGACAGAGGCCUGAUUGGAACUACUCACAACUGGUGCGAAUCCUUCUCAACGUAUCCUCGGACUUACGAUUUGCUUCAUGCUUGGACUGUCUUUUCCGACCUCGAGAAGAAAGGCUGUGGUGCUGAAGAUUUACUUUUAGAGAUGGAUCGAAUUCUUAGACCUAGCGGUUUUAUAAUCAUUCGUGAUAAACACAGUAUGGUAGAUUAUGUAAAGAAAUACUUAGUGGCAUUGCACUGGGAAGCAGUGGCAACAACUGAUUCGAGUUCAGAAUCAGAGCAGGAUGGAGAUGAUGUCGUGUUUGUUAUCCAGAAGAAGUUGUGGCUAACAAGCGAAAGCGUCAGAGAUACAGAAUAGUAGACCAAAAUAUGCCCUUCAAUUACAAGUGCUUCAACACAGAUUAAGAAGGUUGGUUCGGGCAGUGAUGCAGUAAACAGUUUCAUUUGUAUUAUUAAGUGCUGUUUCACAUUAAAAUUUUUUCCUCUUCCAUACAGUGAUUCAACUUGAUAGAGAGAAACUAUCAGCAACUCAACUCCCUUUUUGUUUUAAGUGCAGUGGAAAGUAGUACUUCAGCUUCUGAUGAUAACCACACAAAAUAUAUGUAGCUGAAGUUGAUAAGAAUUCUGGCUUCUAAUUUGUCUAAUUAUUUAUAAAUGAAUCCAUUUGUUUAAA